CUAUUCUCGAAACAUCGUUGGAUUCUCUUUUGCAGCAACCGUUUCGGAAAUCGGGGUCCAGAUCUGCUCGGAGCAGAUUCUGCAAGAUGAUUCGAGGGUGUGAUAGAUAUAUUUGACAUGUUGGUGACUCAAAAAAACAAAAAAUAAAAUAUUUGUGAUGUGACGUCAGUGGUGCUUUUGUGUUGAUGACUAAUGUUGUUUUGUUGUUUAUGAAUAUUCUUUUUUAAGAACCCUUGUCGCACAGUCGCACACUGCUAUGACAGCUAUUGCAAUAUUUUGCAAUUAGUUUUGAAGCUUUAGAAAUUCUCCAAAAUCUCCAAGUCGGUACCUACUUAUAGUUUAUUGUGAUUUGAAAUAAUGGCUUAUCCACCUCCAGCUCAGGGACAACCAGGGGCUUAUCCUACCCCAUAUAAUACUCCUUACCCUCCACCACCAAAUCCAGGCUAUGCAACUCCAAAUGCUCCAGGUUAUGGACCGCCUAUGGGUUAUGCACCUGUACCUCAAGGAUAUCCCCCAUCAGAUGGAAGCCAGUACCCUCCGCCGCCUUAUAGUGCUAAUGCACCUAUUGGUUAUGGUGGUCAACCCAGCACUUACGGUGGUCCCCCCAACACUUACAGUGGUCCACCUAGCAGUUACACUGGUCCACAUAACAACUAUGGUGAUUAUGGUGGUCCACCUGGUGGUAUGAGGCCAGGCCCCAUUGUAAAUCAACCUGGUAUGGCCCCUGGGAGCCUGGCUGGUGGUUGGAUGAAUUUACCUCAAAGUAUUCCCAAUUGCCCACCAGGAUUGGAAUACCUUACUAUGAUUGAUCAACUACUAGUGCAUCAAAAAGUUGAAGUUUUAGAAGCUUUGACUGGGUUUGAAACCAAAAACAAAUUCACCAUCAAAAAUAGUUUAGGCCAAAAAGUUUAUUAUGCUAUAGAAGAAAGUGAUUGUCUUACUAGGAAUUGUUGUGGACCACUGAGACCUUUUGACAUGCAAAUACUGGACAAUUUUAAAAACGAAAUUAUUCAUCUUCAUCGACCCCUGGCUUGCGAUAGUUGUUGCUUCCCCUGCUGUCUUCAGAGCAUGGAAGUCUCAUCUCCUCCAGGUACCAUUGUCGGAACAGUAGAACAAGAAUGGAGCAUAUUCUGUCCAACUUUUGCAAUCAAAAAUGCCAGUGGUGAUACUGUUCUGAGGAUCGAAGGACCGUUGUGUACUAUGAGCAUUUGUGGUGAUGUAGAAUUUAAAAUUAUGUCUGGCGACGGUGAAGUUCAAGUUGGUAAAAUAUCGAAACAGUGGUCUGGAUUAAUUCGGGAAGUAUUUACUGACACCGAUUAUUUUGGAAUUACAUUUCCCAUGGAUUUGGAUGCUAGAAUGAAAGCGGUCAUGUUGGGAGCUUGUUUUCUCAUUGAUGCCAUGUUCUUUGAAAAGGCCAAAAGUGGUGCGGAACGUUCUUCUACUAUGUUAUAAUGCGACGUCACUUUAUUUUUUUUAAUAUUUAUAUUACUUUGUUUACUUGUUUUAAUUAUUUAGUUAUUUAUUUAUUUUAUUUGAAUUGGAUUUUUUUUUAUUGAAUAUUUGAUUUUAUAUACUGACUUUCUGAGCCAGGUUUUACGUUUUCGGUUUUCAAAACAAUGAUAUUAUAUAAUCUCGAAUUAGGGUGUGUUUCUAUACAGUAAUUAUUACAAAUUAUGAUGACAUCUUCAUGCAUUAAACUAUUGUAUAUUGUAUCUGGUUAACUAACUCAAAUAUAUUUACUGUUGUAAUACAUAAAUCUAUAACAAAGUCAUUUUAUAAAAUAUGAUACCAUAGAAGUUUACUGCAUUUUCUUCUUUUACUAUUUUGUGAUUACGUUCAUAAGUUUUAUGUUGAUUUUUUUCAAGUUUGAAUAAUGUUUGAAGUUGACGUUGUUCUUCAGGAGAGUUACUGGAAUUGUCGAAUCUCAAAAAAAAAUGCUUUGGAGAUGUAUUGCACAAUCUGACAAUUUGCUUUCCAGCUAUUUGAUGGCAAUUAGCUUUUAAAAAUCGAUGUAUACCUAUAAAAGUACGUUAUUUAGUGGAUCCUGAUAAUUUUUUAUCACUUUUUGGGCAUACCUAUACAGGGUGUCCAAAAUACCACUGUUGCUAUCGGGGAAACAAUAAGAGGGGUCAAUCGAAUUACAAAAAAAGAUGCAAUUUUUAGUGACCAGAUAUACUUGAUGAAAAAGUGGUUAUUUAAAAUGGCAUCUUUUUUCUAUUUCCAACGCCCAUAUAUCUCUUACCAUUUCCGAGAUGUCAGGCAUGGAACAUCCUGUAUAAAAAAUCAUAUAUUUUUAUGUGUACUGAUUGACUACUUAAUAAUAAUUGUGAUACUUAUGUUUAUUUUCACUUUGAUUUCACUGAUGAAAUGUGAUUUAUCUGAAAAAACUAAUAUAGGAUAAAUAAAUUUAAAUUGAAAGUGUUUUCGGAAUCAGUUAGCAUACAUAAUAAUGUUUUAAAAGUUUCAAAAAGUGAUAAAUUUAUUAUUAUCAACAUGGUGGCUUUUGUCAAAAAGUAUAAGGCUAAAAAUGGAACCUGCAAAUCUAUACAUAAUAUAUAUUAUUAGGGUAUGAUGUUCAAAAUAUUCAGUUCCCACUAGAAAGUAUUUUUAAAAUUUAGAAGUUAUUGGCUCAAUUUGCAAUCAGAAAUUUAUUUCUGAAUUUGUUUUAUUGCAUUAAAUUUCAUCAAAAAAUACAUUUUAUAAAUCUUUCCUGUGGGUUCUAUAGUAUAGGGUGAUUCAGUUUGAGGUUACAAUUUAAAUAUGGCAACACUGGUUUGCUGACUGUCAUAUAUGGCUGAAAUUUGACAUGUGUCAUAAGAGAGUAUUGACAUUCACGAAUAUGGAGCGGUAUUCAAUACAAGAACGCAUUUUAUUUGGUAAAACCUAUUUCCGAAAUGGAAAAAAUGUAACUAACACAAAUUGUCAUGUACACUGUUUCUCACUGCGGCAACAUUUUCGAUUGAUUGACCACUGCGAGGACGUAUUGGUGUUUGGACAUCCAACACUGAUCCAGUUCGGUCAAAUUUUUGAAUCAAUUUGUUAACUGCGGCACGAGAUGGACGGUUAUGGUUACCGAAGUCAUUUCGUAAUGCACGAAUCGUCUUAGUUACAUUUUCUCCAUUUCGGAAAUAGUUUUUAACAAUUAAAAUGCUUUCUUGUGUUGAAUACCGCUCCAUAUUCGUAAAUGUCAAUACUCACUUAUAGCAACGCUUAUAGUUAUGACACAUGUCAAAUGUCAGCCAUAUAUGGCUGCCAGCCAACCAGUAUUGCCAUAUUCAAAUUGUAACCUAAAACUGAAUCGCCCUAUAUUUUAUUUAAUUUAAGGGAUAAUACAGUCGACAACACAAUAAGUGGCAGCACGUUUGUGAGAUUUUUGAAUUUCCAGAUGUGCCGUUUCUUAGGUAAUCGAGCUACAUAUAUAUAUAUAUAACUAUUAAAUUGUUUUUGAUGUAUUUUUUAUAUAAUAAAAUGUUUAAAUUUUUUUUUAAUAUUAUU